UGGAUCUGGUGCUUAUUUUGACGAAGCUGGAAGCACGUCGAAAAGGUGCUCAGAAUCCGUCUUUGAGCUGCGUGAAUGCGACACGGAGGGAGAUGUCAAAGUUCAGGACUGAUGGUGAGGGAGAGGUUCGACAUGAAGAGACACAGGGUUGGUAUGACAGCAAGUGCAAGUGCCUACCUACCCACCCUCUUUGGGCGCACAGGUGGAGAUCACAACGCACAUGACAUGCCCGCAAAUCUAAAUUGUGACUCUGGAGCUUUGGCAGUUACAACGUCACCAGCGGUUCAAACAUUCGAGGAGGGCAUUUGGGUGGACUCUGCUGAGGUCAGCUUGCCUUUGCGAUGCGUCUGCUGUGCAUGCAUGCAGCGAAGCAGCCUUGACGCGCUUCAUCCGCGGGCACAUCUCACCGUCGUUGCAUGGGCCCGUGGACCCGCGCUUUGCUCUCCUUGACGUCGUUG